GGCAAACCCAUACUCCCCACCCCACCUCGCCGACCAGGGUUGAUACCACUAAUCGUUUGCUACGGCCUCAAGUGCUUACUCCCAACCCUGUCAUGUAGUCUAUCACAUGGGCCCAAUUGGCAAAAGGCCACGUUCCCCCCUGAAGGGGGGCAGAGGCAGUGUAACCUUGUCCGGUGCACCAGACAAAAACAUACAUAACGGCGCACCUGCCCCUGCACCGCCGUUGGAAGAAGGUCCAUACUUCCAAACCUUAGCUCUCACAGAUCUUCACAAUGGGCGACGCAGAGGCACUUCCCGAUUAUGUUCUUGAUCCCAACGCCGUCCUGAAGGACAAGGACGCUGCUUGGAGAUAUGGCGCUCCCCCGGACUAUUCCAACACCCGUGCUGUGUACGAGCGGACCAAGAAACAAUCCCACGAGCCCGGCAGUCUGCCCAACCUGGUCGAGAACCUCGUCAAGAACUGGGAAAUCGAGGCCUCCUUUAAGACCUCGCUGGCGGACUGGCGCACGAUCGACCACGAAAAGUACCACGUCACGCUCAACGGCGGUCCCCCACUGUCCGGCGAGUACAUGCUCAAGGUGGGGACCUACAACGCCCUACUCACCCCGAGCGCGUACUACGACCCGGCCCACAACGACUUCGAGAUGAGCCACAAGAGCUUCAAGCGCAUGAUGCCCACCUUCGCCUGGGAGGUGACCGAGGUGUACAGCGGCCCGCCCACUGUGGUCUUCAAAUGGAGACACUGGGGCGAGAUGGCCCGCGACUAUGUCGGGUUCAACGACAAGGGAGGGAAGGUCCGGAUUGAGGCGCACGGCGGCCCGAUCGACAUCCAGGGGAUCAUCGUGGCCAAGGUCAACAAGGCCCUCCAGUUAGAGCAGAUUAACGUUUGGUUCGACCCGCUCGACAUGUUCCGCCAGAUCUCCCGCGGUCGCGAGCAGAUCAAGGCGGAUGAUGCGGAGGUACCCUCUGGUUGCCCCUUCACUGGCGCUGCCAACAAGGAGUAGAAGUUUUGAUGUCUGAUCUCGUGUCGUGUAUUGUACUGUUUAGAUACCUUGCCUUGUUCCAAAAUGAUGUAAUGAUUGGUUCGAUCUACG